AGUAUGACAUACCAAAUAUGCUAUCUAGUAUUCCUUGACGAGGGAAUUUUUUCUCCCAGUCCUCAGCUUCGUCCCUGCGUAAAAUUCCCCCAAAUUGUAAACCUAACAAGCUCAACCAUGGAGUAUCCAUGGCGUUCUAGGCCUCAACCAGCUAAUUUAUGCCCAAUUUGCUCGCAUUCUCACUUCCCUUUCUGCACUCCUCCUCCUCCUCCCCAAUAUUUCCGGCCUCCACCACCGCCUCCGAAUCAAUUUUUCCGCAGUCCACUCCCGCCGCCGCCGCCUCAGCAUCAAGCUUCAUAUGAUCCGUUCGUUGACCACCAAGGCGGCCCCACCGUCACUCCUUAUCCACCACCUCAGGCUCAAAUUCCGCCAGGGCCGUGGAAUAGUGACCCUAAUUACAGCAGUGAUUACUACCGAAAUCCAAAUUCCGGAUCGGAUCGUGAAAUUCCUAGUCAAAUUGGCGUCAAGAGAAUGCGAUUCGACAACGGCAGUGACAGUUAUGCGGGUUCGUUGGUGGAAGACGAGAGGAGGCUGAAACUGAUUCGUGAUCACGGAGCUGUAAGUCGCGGUUUGGAUAGAAAAUAUGACGGAGGAUGCAGCGUCUCGGGUCGUCCUUAUGAGCCGAGCAAUUUUCAGGGGAUUGAGAGUGGUUAUCACAAGGAAAAUAAUUAUAGCGUUAAUCAAAACAGACCUCUUCAUAAUCAAAAUAAGAGUAGUGUGAUACACAAUCAUUAUGGAAGUAGUCCUGGAGCCGAUGGGUAUAGGAAUUUCAGACCUCCAAGAGGAAACCAUGAAACUCUGGCAUAUGAUGAUCCGAGUUACCAAGACCAAAGAAGAAUUUGUUCUACAGAAAGCAGGGAUUACAAUAACCAAUACCUGCAGCCUCAUGCAAAGCAGCAGCAUAGAAUGGAGCCCCAAUUACCCAAUCAUGGUUUAUCUAAUCAGGGUGAGAACAAGCGGCUUAUGCAGGACGCCCCCGGGUUUAUGGCUCAGCCUCCACUUCCGACAUCCCCACCGCCACCAAUUCCUGUGGAACCACCAAGAUAUCCGUUCUCGGAGCCAGUUACUUCCUCUGCUGGUGGGCCUGGCUCCUUGUUCCGGAGUGGCAUAAAUUCUGCAUCUUCUUUCCAUUCACCAUACUCUAUGGUUUCUGAAUCUGUGACAUCGGUGUCUUCUCACUACUCUAGCAAAGGGUAUCCAAAUUCAAGUGGUUAUCAUCCAGAGGAAAUGCAAAGGAUGGCUUCAUCCAGGACAUUUAAUGGAGAAAGUGAAGACUUCCCCUCAAGGAAUCAGUCAUUUGACAAGCCAAAAGUCAUUGAUGCAUCUCAUAUUUUGAAGCAUCCACACCGUGCAAGUCGCCCAGAUCAUAUUGUCAUUAUUUUGCGGGGACUUCCAGGGAGUGGUAAGAGCUACAUGGCUAAACUCUUGCGUGAUUUUGAGGUCGAAAAUGGUGGCACUGCUCCACGGAUACAUUCCAUGGAUGAAUAUUUCAUGACAGAGGUUGAAAAGGUUGAGGAGAAUGAGAGCUCAAGAUCCUCCGGUUCAAUUAGAGGGAAGAAACUAGCUACGAAGAAGGUCAUGGAAUACUGUUAUGAACCUGAGAUGGAAGAGGCUUACCGGUCAAGCAUGUUGAAGGCAUUUAGAAAGACCCUUGAUGAAGGGGCAUUCCCCUUUGUAAUUGUGGAUGACCGCAAUCUGCGGGUAGCUGAUUUUGCUCAGUUUUGGGCAACUGCAAAGAGAUCAGGGUAUGAAGUAUAUUUACUAGAAGCCACAUACAAGGACCCAGCAGGUUGUGCUGCAAGAAAUGUCCAUGGUUUCAGUCAGAAUGACAUACUCGAGAUGGCUAACAGAUGGGAGGAUGCUCCAUCCCUGUAUAUGAAGCUAGACAUCAAGCCAUUGCUCCAUGGAGAUAAUCUUCAGGAAAACGGGAUUGAAGAGGUUGACAUGGAUACAGAAGAUGGCAAUCAUAUUGGUGAUGCCUCAGAUUCUGAAGUUACAAAAAUUGAAAAAAAUUCAAGACCCUCUGAAGGUGUUCUUACCACUGAUGGCCCAUCAUCAGAUGAGCCGAAAGGUGAUGUUGGAGAAGAACAUCCAGUAGAGGUGAUGAAAGAUCUAGGAAAGAGUAAGUGGUCAAAUGAUUUGGAUGACGACGAUGUCGGCAAGACUGAAACAACCAGGGGAAACUCCAGUGCCCUAUCUAGCCUAAUUAACUCGUACAGCAAGAAAGGUAAAUCUGUGCGUUGGGCUGAUCAGAUUGGCAAAGUCGGAUUCUCGAUCAGUGCUGGAAAGACAACAAAUGUAUCUCUAGUCAUUGGUCCUGGCCGCGGAUACAAUUUGAAGUCGAAUCCCCUACCUGAGGAAGAGAAACUCAGCCAAAGAUACACUGGAGAACCAGGCAGGCGGAACGUCUUCCAAGACCAGUUGCGCGCUGAGCGCGAGUCGUUCAAAGCUGUUUUUGACAAGAGGAAACAUCGAAUCGGUGGGGAUGAAGAAUAAUACUGCUGGUAACAUUUGAUUUGGUUUUAUAUACUUGAGCAACCACCCUGUUGUAGCAUUUUGUUGUAUUAUAGUGACAUAUUGUUGACGAGAACUGUCUCCCAAUUUUGCAUUUCUUCAUGAUCAUUCUCAUUACAAAGAAUUAUUAUCAGCAACGAAAA